AUUUGGGACAUCAGUUUUUAUUGGGGUCCCAAACCCGAACAGUACGUAGCAUAAUCAAUUCCUUAAUUUUAAGCUAAUUGGCAUAUGAAGCUUCUCACCAUGUCCUAGGAAGCUGGCUACGAAACAACCCCAUCAACCAUCCCAAGUGAAGUUUGAGCUAUAUGGAGAUAAUGAUGCUAUCUAUAUCUACACCAUACACAUUGUGCUUAUCUCUCCACAAGAAGAAAAAUACAAGAGAUCAAUGGAUUCUCCGGAAUCGGAUAGUGACUAUGCUGCGACAGCAGCAGCAGCCAACCAGUCGAAUUUCGAGCUUUCUGAUUUCUUCGAGUUUGAUGAGGAGUGGGCUGAGGGAGAUCAUCCACCACCACCAACACCGAUGGUGGUUUCCGGGUAUCCCCAAAUGAAUCCAGUUUAUGCUGCAGGAUCAGCAGCAAGUCACGGAAUCAAUGAUGCAGCCAGGGGAAGCAGUAGCCACCUCAGUAUCUAUGAAGGAACUAGUAUCAUAGGGGACAGUGGUAGGAGUUGUGGGAGGGAGAAGAAGGAAGUGAAAGAGAAAGUUGCUUUUAAAACACAAUCAGAGAUUGAAAUACUUGAUGACGGCUUCAAGUGGAGGAAGUACGGCAAGAAGAUGGUCAAAAACAGCCCAAAUCCAAGGAACUAUUAUAGGUGUUCAGCAGAAGGAUGCCCAGUGAAGAAGAGAGUUGAAAGAGACAGAGAUGAUCCGAGGUACGUCAUAACUACUUACGAGGGUGUCCAUAACCACCAAGGUCCUUCUUCUACUACUAUUACUACCAAGUUCUGAAUUUUCCUCUGCUCUCUUCUCUGUGGAAUUUGGAGUAACUUACACAACAACAACUACAACUACCUACAGUCUAAACUACCUACUUAGCAUAGCUUAGAGUUCUUCAGACUAAGAGUUUGCUUUUGUUGUAUUUUAUGUAUACAAGUAGUAAGUAACUACAUACUCUUUGUCAGUAAGUAGUACCACCAAUUAGAUGUAAGCUAUCUUUGAUGAGAUGAGUUCCAUCAUUAUUCUCCUCUGUAAAGGGUGUCCGAUGAUGAUAAUAACAGGAUAUGCUCAUGUCAUCUAGAGAACCUUGCAAACAUAGCAUACAUUCAUACAUAUAUACAAGUAGUUUUGCACCAGCA